CAACAAAAUGGACACGAAUGACUUCGUGAAUGUUAGUGUUAAUCUAGGUUCUGUUAGAGAGGAGAGUACAGCUUUGGAAGAACAAAACAACAGCUUAAAUAGGGUUAGCUCGCCUGGGACUGCGCCUCAAAGUAAACUUACCGUAGGGCCUAAAAGUGAUGCUUUUAUGCUCUCAGAACCUGGGAGUAAUGGAUGCUCUCUUGGUUUAAAGGAAAGUGAUAGUCAAUUAGUUUUGAAGGUUCUGUCUAACAAGGACUACGUCAUUGCAUCAAGUGGUGAUGAUAAUAUUCCCUUAUAUCCUAAAAAAGACGACCAUGCAUUACCACAACCUAAAAGGUGUGAAGACGUCCUUAAAAUAAAACCUAAGGAUAAUGAAUACACAGUAGAUGAGUCUAUUGACAGGAGACACACAUCUGUUGAGGAACAGGAUGGUGGACAGAGCUUUUUAAUGAGUAAUGAUGUUCCAUCUAUAGCAACAGAGAGUGGUGAGCAAACAGUUGCAGAGCCAGAUGACAUGAGAGAUGUAGAUACUCCUGAAGAGUCCCAAAGAGAUCAGUGCAGAAUUUUAGAGUUAGAACAACAUGGUCACUUUGCAACAAACCAUGAUGGAAAUACUUGUCAUCAGGUUUACACUAUGAGUAGUAUUGACAAAGAACUUGAGAUUAUCUGUGAGACUGGGAGUACUGUGCAGACAAAAGAACAUGCACAGGAUCCAACUGCAGUUCAGUCUUUGUCUAGUGAUAGUUCCUCAGAUGACGAAAGCUCAUCAAGUGAAAGCUCUGAAUCCAGCUCUGAUGACGAUCUAGAAGACAUCAGAAAAGAGAUUGAAAAAGAGGAGGAUCGUACCUAUGUAGGGCCACUGAAAACAAGAAGUGAACUGUCAGUGAAGGACCUUCCUGAAGUUUCAGAUGUGGAUAUUACUGUUGAUGAAAAUGUUCAGCUUGUAGAACUUGGAGUGGUGUUCAGUGUGGUUGAGUCAUUAGUGGUAGUAAAAGCCUUACCACAAACUUCAGCUUUGGAUUCAGACAGUGCUCUUUUCUUGGAGAACAGAUCCUGUCUUGGUGUGGUUUUUGAGACCUUUGGACCAGUGCAGACUCCAUUUUAUUCAGUCAGAUUUAACAAUGAGGCAGACAUUGACAAAAGAAAUAUUCAUGUAGGAGACAAAGUGUUCUAUGCUCCUGACAUGAUGGAGUAUUCCAACUUUGUCUUUGUGGCACAGCUUAAAAAGCUGAAGGGAUCUGAUGCCUCAUGGGAACAUGAUGAAGAACCCCCAGUAGAGGCUGUGGAAUUUUCUGAUGAUGAGGAAGAAGCUAAGGCUAAGGCCAGCAAAAAGAAGGAAAGAAUGGCUAAGAAAGGCCCACCUGCAGAUGUUGAUAAAGCAAGUAACACAGAGAGUGAAAGAAAUAUUCACCAGGGAUCCAAUCGAGGUGGCAGGAAAAGAACUUGGCAGAACCGUGGAAGAGGAAAACCUGCCAACCAGAGCCAAGAUGGAGGGAAUUUUGCCACUAGCCAAAGGAGACCCUUUCCCCCUGCAAGAGGCACAUUACCACUCAAGGCACCUCCUCAUAUGGGGCUAAGACCUUCCCUUUUCGCAGGGAAUCCCUACAUGCACCACCCACCUCAAGGUCCUCAACAAUUGAUAAUGGGACAUACAGGACUCUAUGCAGGGCUACCUCCAAGAGGUCCAUCUCAAAGAGGCCCAUUUAUGCCACAGCCCAUGGGACCUUCUCCUGAUACAUAUCCUGGCCUUAUGGGAAAUGUGCCCCUUCCUCAAUUUGGUACACCAAGGCCAUCUAUUUCUCAACUUAUCCCUACAGGGUUACCACCAGGAUUUGCACCCAGACAUGUUAUUCCUGGACCUGCAGACCCUUAUGACUAUAGAGCAAAUGUUGGACUUCAAGCAAGAAAUGCAGGCUUUCCCAUCUCCUCACCCUCUCCUCCCACACUUCCACCUAACCUUUAAGCCUCCACUAUAAAGGUUAUACAUCACAGUGACAAAUACUCAUUUUUAUUCCAUGUAACAAUAGAAAUGCCAAUUGUUUGCCAUAAUGCAAAUCUCUUGCACAGAGAAACGUUUUAAAAUGUGUUUGUUAUUGAUCAGUUAUACUGGGUUAAUUUUCCUGUUGUGAAUUUGUGAUUGACUUUCCAGGCAUAACAAUAUCACACAUUGUAUAAAAUAAUAACCUUAAAGUCACUUGUAGUUAUUCCAGAAUGGAAUGAAUAAUCAAUGUAUUAACUACAUGCAGUUUGGCAGAAUAUGAAUAUUGCAUUUGCUGUUUAACCCUUUCUUUCCCAAGAUCUCAUUAGUGAUUCUUCUUACAGUUUGCCAUGUAAUUCUCAUGAUUUUAGUUCUGAGAAUUUUGUGUUGGAUCAACUAAUAAUCACCUACUUGAUAUUUUUUUUAUUAUGCUCUUCAAUAGUCUGAUUGAUAAUGUACUGAUAUUGUGACAGUAAAAAAGCAGUUGGAUAAUAAAUAACUUAUUGGAA